AUGGCAUUCAUCAAGUCCCUCCUGGCUCUGGCCGUAGUGGCUUCCUCUGCAAUCGCCUCACCCAUCGAUAACCUGCCAGUCCUCGAGUCCCGUCAAGACCCAGGUCCUGGUUCAUGCCGCAACCAGAGCUGCCUGAUCGCAACCGUCGCCGGGUCCACCGGCGCUACUACAUACCCCUAUGACCAGUACCCCAUCAUGGACACUCAGGACGGCGACUGCUGCAUCGUUCGCUACUUCCCAGCAGUCAAGAAUAGCAUCUAUGAGGCCCGUCCAGGUCUCCAGGAGUACUGUGCCAGCCACGGUGGUGACGCUCCACGCGAUGCCAACCCGCCAGGCGUCGUCGACAUCCACAAGCGCGCCACUUGCAAGCCCAAGAUUCUCAUCUUUGCCAAGGGAACACUCGAGCCGGGCCCUAUUGGUAUUACCGUCGGCCCGAGCCUGAAGCAGAAGUUGGAUGCCAACGUGUGGGAUGUCAGGGGCUUCAACUACGACAACUCAUUUGCGAAUGACCUGUGCCUCGGGCUGCCGGGCGGUGUCACUGCGAGGGGAGUGCUGGAGUCGACGGCAGCUGAGUGCCCGAGUUCCGUGAUUGUUCUGAGUGGGUAUAGUCAGGGCGCCAUGGUCGUGAGAAACGCUCUCGCUCGUGCCAAGGCCUCUGCUGUAUCCAGAGUCAAGAACGUCGUCACUUUCGGCGACCCAUUCAACGGUGCCAACAUCGGGCAAUACACUGGCCCAAGGCACGUUUUCUGCGCCCAGGGAGACGGAGUUUGCGAUGGUCAACUGAACAUUGGUGCCGCCCAUCUCUCCUAUGGAUCAGAUAUUCCUGCUGCUGCUGCCAUCAUCAGUGCCACCCAGUAA